AUGUGGCGUGUGACGUGGAGGUGGGAUGCCCGCCGCUAUGACGCAGCCGGGGCCCGCGGUGACGGCGUCAGAGGUUCACCCGGGGAGGCGAGCGGCAGCGGGACGGGGGAACGGCGGGGUAGCCAAGCAACGCCGGACGCGCUGACGUCGCCGGGGCGGCAAAACGUCCGCCCGGGCCCGAGGCGGGCGGAGGCAGCUGUGGUUACGUGCGGGGGGCCGGUGACGCAGUCGCGGGGCGCUGGGACGCGGCGUGCGGAGCCGGCCGGCGGGGGCAGGCCCCAGGGCCCGGGCGCGGCGGCGGGACGGCACCUACCUUCCCGGCUUCAGGUCCGGGAGUGCGGGGCGCGGAGCCGCCGGAGCGCUGCCUCCCUCCUUCCUCCUCCCCCCGCCCCCGCCCCGCGGCGCGACACACAAUACUCGCCGGAAGCGGAAGCCGCGCCGAGAGGCUCGUGUCAGUGGGAGCCGGGGUGUCGGCCGGCCGCCGCGGGCAGGUCGAGCGGUCCUCGCGGGAGAAGGAGGAGGCGCGGGGCCAGAGCCCCGUCCAGAAGCAGGUGUCGACCGAGGCGGCGGCCAGUUACGUGGCCGACCUGCGGGGCUCAGCUGGCACGUCACUUCCGACUCGGUGACCAUUCCCAGGAGGAAGUGCAUUUCAAAGGUCUAUGAAGAAUGUGUUUACCUGGAGACUGAUUAUUAACAAGACUUUAUGUUGAAUAUGGAAGGAAAGAUAGGGGAAUGUUUAGGUAAAACAAUAUGACAUAGAAUAGGGGUUGGCGAACCUUUCCUGUAAAGAACCGGAUAAGCUGCGUUUUCCUCUUUGAGGCCCAUACCCUUCCUCUGUAUUUAUAAUGUGAAAACAGUGUUAGACAAUACCAAAGGAAUCAGACAUUGCUUUGUUAAUAAAACUUUCUGUAUGGGCACAAA